ACAAAAGCACUAAAGAUGAGAACAGUUGAAGCCUUUGCUCUGUCUCUCUUUCUUCUGUUCUUAGUCAAAUGGGCCAGUUCUGAUUCUAAAGUUUCUCCUAUUAGAGAUCAGUUUCUUAGUUGCAUGUCGACACAUUCUAUUUCAAGCUUUAUGAACUUUAAAAGCUUGAUCCACGAGCCAGAUUCAAGACUCUACACUGAAGUCUCGCAAUCUAUAUCCCAAAACUACAGAUUCUCGAGUUUGAAUUUCUCAAGCCAGAAGCCAAUGCUGAUAACCACACCAAGAACAGAAUCUGAAAUCCAGAUAUCAUUGCUGUGCAGCAGGAAACUUGGCGUGCAAGUAAGGACUAAAAGUGGUGGUCAUGACUAUGAAGGUCUUUCUUACCUCUCAUCUCAAUCACCUUUCAUCAUUCUUGAUCUCAUCAAUCUCCGAUCCAUCGAGAUCAACCUCAGGGAAGAAACAGCUUGGGUUGGAGCCGGCGCCACCAUCGGUGAGCUUUACUACAAAAUUGCUAAAUCAAGCAAGAUCCAUGGCUUCCCUGCAGGAACAUGCCCUAGUGUUGGAGUUGGAGGCCAUUUUAGUGGAGGAGGGUUUGGCGCAAUGAUGAGGAAACAUGGUUUAGCCGCGGAUAACGUUGUGGACGCGCGUUUUGUAGACGCAAACGGAAGAAUCUACAACGGGAGGACAGAAAUGGGAGAAGAUUUGUUCUGGGCGAUUAGAGGAGGUGGAGCUGCUAGCUUUGGAGUUGUAACUUCUUGGAAAGUGAAGCUGGUUAGGGUUCCAGAGAAGGUUACUUGCUUCACAAGGUACCUACCGCUUACACAAAACAUGACAAAAAUCGUUCAUAGAUGGCAAUCUAUUGCUGCAGUGCUUGACAACGAUCUCUUCAUUAGAGUCAUAAUCUACAAUUCCGGAGGAUCAGUUCAAGCUACAUUCCAAGCAAGUUAUCUUGGAGGUGUUGAUAAACUGAUUCCUUUGAUGAAUGAGAAGUUUCCGGAACUAGGGUUAAGGUUUCAAGACUGUUCAGAGAUGAGCUGGAUCGAUUCAAUAAUGUUCUUCAACUGGAAGAGUGGACAGCCACUAGAGACUCUUCUCGAUAGGGAACAGAGAUACGAUGAUCUGUAUUUCAAAGCAAAAUCUGAUUUUGUCAAGAACCCUAUUCCUGAAACCGGUCUAGAAGGUAUAUGGAAGAGAUUUCACGAGGUUGAAUCUCCUAUGAUGAUAAUGGAGCCAUUAGGUGGUAGAAUGUAUGAGAUUAGUGAGACAGAGACUCCAUUUCCACAUAGGAGAGGGAAUCUGUAUAAUAUACAGUAUAUGGUGAAAUGGAGAGUGAAGGAUAUUGAAGAAAUGCAGAAGCAUGUGAGAUGGAUGAGAUUACUUUAUGGAUAUAUGAGAGUUUAUGUCUCUGGAUCACCAAGAGGAGCUUAUCUGAACUACAGAGAUCUUGAUUUAGGUAUCAACAAAGCGAUUAACUGCAGCUUUGAGGAUGCAAGUCUAUGGGGGAUGAGGUAUUUUGGAAGUAAUUUCAAGAGAUUGGCUAUGGUUAAAGGAAAGAUUGAUCCAACCAAUUUCUUCAGAAAUGAGCAGAGUGUUCCACCUUUGAUUGUUUAA